AUGGCGACGGCGGUACCGGGAGCAGCCGCGGCCUCCCGCUCCCGCUGCUACUCCCUCGCCUGCACUCCCCGACCACCAGCGCCGCGCCGGCGAGGUCCCGCUCCGCCGCACGCCGCGGCCGAGGCGGCGAUAGAGAUACGCGUGUGCACGAGCCGCACGUGCGCGAGGCAGGGCGGGCGGGAGGUGCUGGCGGCGCUGGGGGGCCUCGCGCCGCCCCCGCCGCGCGUCGACGUGGCCUCCUGCGGGUGCCUCGGCCGCUGCGGCGCGGGGCCCAACGUCGCCGCCUCCGUCCCCGGCCGCGGCACCGCCGUGUUCGCCCACGUGGGCACGGCCGCGCGCGCCGCGCGGCUCCUGGAGCACCUCCUCGGCGCGGCCGAGUUCGACGCGGACGCGGGGCUCGCCGCGCUCGCGGUAAGGGAGAAGGCGGAGGCCGCCCUCGCCGAGGGGAACGCCGCCGAGGCCGAGGCGCUCUUCACCGAGAGCAUUGGACUGAAUGCUCCAGGUGGAUUGCAUCUGGUGUACGGGAGCAGGUGUAAAGCGAGAUUGGCAAUUGGGGAUACCACCGGUGCCCUUGCGGAUGCGGAGGAAGCGAUAAGGAUAGCUCCCAAAUUUCCUCAGUCUCACUUGUCACGGGGAGACGCACUAUUUGCAAUGGGAGAGUAUCAUUCGGCAGAGGGUGCUUAUGCAGAUGCAUUGGCCGUUGAUCCAUCUAUUCGUCGGUCCAAGUCGUUCAAGGCCCGCUUGGAGAAACUAAGAGAGAAGCUUGUCAGUCUCAGUAGUUCAUCAUAGUUCAUACUGGAAUUUGCACUCCCAAGAUCAGAUUAAAUGUUUCACCCAGCAAGAUGUAUACCCUGUUGGAUCUGGCAUUCUGAAAAUCUCGGUGCAACCUCUGCAAGUGUUAACUUUAUUUGGUUAUGUUAGCAUAUACAGUGUACAAUCUUUAAUUGACUUUUUUAGAGCAGAAAAUCUGUUGGCCAUUAUGGUGUCCAUGUAUUAUUUAGCUUGAUAUGUCAUAUUUUGAAUAAACAGAAGAAAUUAAGAUGUUGUCUAUGUA